CAGGAGCCCGCGGCUCCCGGCGUCCUCAGCGAGGCUCGGGUCAGUCAGGCUGUGUGCAGAGGCCGCUCUGCCGGAUGGCCGCGGCUGAGGACCGCAAGGCUCCCACGGAGCCCCUGGACAUUGCCUGCGGCCUGGAGAACCUGCCCGUGAGCUCCUGGCCCCCGGGAGCGAGGCCGCCGCCAUUUCAGUAUACUCCUGAUCACGUCGGGGGACCCGGCGCGAACGCCGAGCCCACCGAGGUCACCUUUCCUGGAUGCGUGUGCACUGCAGCUCCCUGCCUCCCAGGCACCUGCUCCUGCCUUCGCUGGGACGAGAACUACAACGACCACCUGUGCCUUACACAAAUGGGACGAGAGGCAGGGUGCGCCACACCGGUUUUUGAAUGCAAUGUCCUGUGCCAGUGCAGGGACGACUGCAGAAACAGGGUGGUCCAGAGGGGCCUACAGUUCCCCCUGCAGGUGUUCCAGACAGACCUGAAGGGCUGGGGGCUCCGCACCUUGGAAUUCAUACCAAAGGGAAGGUUCGUCUGUGAAUAUGCCGGGGAGGUCCUAGGACCUUCUGAAGCACACAGGAGGAUUCACCUGCAAAGGGCCCAUGACUCCAAUUACGUCAUAGCCAUCAGGGAACACGUGUCAAUGGGGCAGGUCCUGGAGACGUUCGUGGACCCGACCUACACAGGCAACAUCGGGCGGUUCCUUAACCAUUCCUGCGCACCAAACCUGCUCAUGGUUCCUGUGCGCAUUGAUUCUAUGGUCCCCAAGCUGGCACUGUUCGCCGCCAGAGACAUUCUGCCAGAAGAAGAACUCUGCUACGACUACUCGGGGAGGUUUCUCAAUCUUUCAGAUGGGGAAGACAAAGAUGGGCUGGACAAUGGGAAAGCCAGGAAGCCUUGUCACUGUGGGGCUGCGUCGUGUGCUGGGUUCCUGCCUUACGACGGCUCGCUGUACUGCCCGGGGUAG